AUGCCUGAUAACCUAAAAGAGUUUCUUACUGACAAUAGAAAAUUGUCUGCAGAGGGAGAUUCAACUUGGAAAAAAUACAGAGAAGACAUUCUUGAUUGUAUAGAUUAUAUACUGAGUACUUUGCCAGAAGUAACUGAAGGAAGACCAGAAAAAGUUAGCAAUGAAUUAUGGCUAAAUUUUCAGAAGGUCCUAAAAUCAUUUCACAAUGACAAAAAGAACCAACUUGAGGACUUUAAUUCUCUCAUUGUUAUUGAUGACAACAUGUAUUAUCGAGGUAUGCGCUAUGACAUUUACCAAAUGGCCAGAAAACAUGGCUGCGGAUUUUGUCAAAUUUACUUGAAAAUAAAUGUCAAAGAUGCCAUUGCCAGGAACCAAAAUCGUUUGUCUCCAAUCCCAGAUCAAGUUAUUGAGACUAUGGCCAGCAAGCUUCAGCCUCCUUGUCUAGAUGCUAAAACUUGGGAAAUGCAUUCACUGUCCAUUGAAUCAGAUGCACUUCAAGAUUUAAAUGCCAUUUUUGCCUUAGUGCAAACAGCACAGGAACAUCCAGCACCCCCAUUUCAAGAUUAUACAGAUUUACGUGAAAUGCAGGCAAAAAAUCGAAGACAGUGUUCUGCAAGCUGUAUACACCAAGUUGACCAAAUUCUUCGUAGACUGGUAUCAGAGAAAAUGGCUUCAAUAAAUGCCAACAUUGGUGCUGUAGAAAAGAAGAAAGCUGCCUGCAAUGUAAGGGAAAUCAGAAUGAAAAUUUUGUCAGAUCUGAAGUCUGGAGAACUUGUGAUUCCAGCUGAUGUUGAAAAUGUUCAAGAUGCAUGCAGAAACAGCAGCAGUCAUUUGUAUGUGUGGCUGGAUGGAAUAUUUAAAUCUUAUGGCUGA